GAUUUAUCGCCCGCUGUAGUGUGACCGUCUUCGGUUGGUCAGUCGCUAAUUUUUUAGAAGCGGAAAGUUGUGAACAAAACGCGUGGAUAUUGUGCUCAAAACGUCAACAAAAAAUUUGUGAAAAUAGCUGGGAGCGUAGUAUGCGAGCGCGGCAAUCGCAGAACUAUGAAAUUCCCCCGUGAAACGUGUUAGUUUGGCUGCGAAAGCACUUUUAAUUUGGCGAUUUCUUAUUAGCGUGUUGGAAAAGAGGAAAACACACACAAUGUAGUAAACGUUCGAAGCAGAGUCGCGCCAUCAUCUGAAUGCUGCGAGUCAACAAUGUGCAACAGACCAAAAAGAAAGCAGUGUCCAAGUUUAUAAAAAGUGUAUUGUAAAAAUUGAAAUACAAAGCUUCAAGAAGCCAAAUCCACGUAGCUUGCCGUCAAAUCAAACUAAGUUGUGCAAAAUGAAGUGAAAACGUAAAAUUUAUAGAGUAAACGAAACAACGAAAGAUCGUUUAUUUGAAACCCGUAUCUACAAAAUACAAUUUUCCACAUACAACGAGAGACAACGCAGAAUCUAUUGGGCGGGAUUAUACUCACGAAACAGGAUCAGGCUCCGGAUAAGGAUCCAAAACCAGGGUGACAAGCAGAGGAAGCCGGAGCGAAGGAGCCAGGAGGCACGCGGAGGAAGUCUUCGAAUUUCUCGCAGCGUUAUGAUUGUGAUGGCUGACAAUGUGAUGUGGCACAGAGUUGGACACCGUCUAUGCAAAUCAAGCGCGCACCACCGCCUACGCCUACAGUUGUUACCACUGGGAGUCCCAGCCUCCGUCCUCCGUGCCAGAGCCAGAGGUUAUGCAUUGAGCCCCCAAUGUUUUGGGGGCACGUCACCGAAGGCCCAGCGACAGCAGGAGCAGAAACUGCAUCAGCAGAACCGGCAGCAGCAUGACGGCUUUGCCUGUGAAGUAGUGUUGUGAAAUAGAAACUCAAACCGAGACCGAUACCGAAACCGAACUCUAACAAGCGAGUGAACUCUCAAGCCGACACAAGGCUCCCUCCCUCUAAAUACACGUCUAAUUUUAGUUCGCAGUCCGAUCUGCCGCAGCACCAGCACCAUGCCCAUGUCCAGCCACGACACGGUCUUCGUGGAGCCUGCCGUUAGCAGCAGCGGCGGCGGCAGCACCAGCAGCAUUAAUCGCGUGGGAGUAGCCGGUGGCCCCCAGCCGCCUCCCCCGCACAUCGUCAUCGAUGGCAGCAACCUGUCCACGCAGGCCCAGCUGCAACGCAUCAUGCAGCGUCGGAUGUCGAUCAGUACGCGCCAGAUCCUUAGCGCCAGCCAGUCCCAGUCGAUGAAUCCGACGCAGAAGUACGCAGUGCGUACAGCAGCCGGAGCCGGAGCCUUGGCCGCAACGUCAGCUCCGUCUGGAAGCGCCGGCCAGGAGUUGAUCAAUCCCCAAAUCUACAAGAUUGUGACCACUGACGGCAGCACCAGUAAUGUAAUCAUCGACGCCUCGGCUGCUGCGCCUCCCCACAACUCUAAACUGUUGCUCAGCAAUCUCACGGUGCUCUCGAAGCAGGCGCCAGUCCAGGGAGGAGGCACUCAGCAGCAGCAGCAGCAGCAGCUCAACUAUCUGGGGGCCAAGAGUUUGCCGUAUGUGACGGCCUCGCCGGCUAAGACGCAGCAGCAGCCCCAGAAGUUCGGAAGCAUCAGCGCAUUCAAGGCGCAACAGCAGCAGCAACAUCAUCCGCAUGCCACGCUGCAGAAAGUGACUUUGGGCUCCCGUGUGGCUACCCGCCUGCAGUCCUAUGUCCCGGCCACUCCGUCGCAAAUAAUGGUGCAGCCGGCGCAGCCAAAAUAUGUAAAUGCCACGGCAACAGCGUUAGGCGGGAAUGCUGCUCUUCUAAAGAAGGCCAAUCAAAAGAUCACGGUCAAGAGCGUGAGCAAUUUGACGCAGCAGCAGCAGCAACAACACCAGCAGCAGCAGCAGCAGCAGCUACAGGCCCAGCAGCUGAAGACCUUCAUCGCGCAGCAGCAACAGCAGCAAACCUACAAGGCGGCGGGGGCCAAGGCAAAGUUUGUGAAACAGACUUCCCUGUCUAUUGCCGCCUUGCCCCAACAGCAGCAGCAGCAACAAGCGCCUGCCUACGCAAAGCAGGCAAUGGUCACCACUCCGACUAACGCGAAGGUCACAAAACUGAAUAGCAAGUAUGUGCAACAGCAGAUCAGCCUGCCGCAAGGAACGCAGUUGCAGCACAAGACGUCGCAGAAUGUCGCAGGAGGAGGAUAUCUGCUGCAGCAGACUCAGGCCACGGGUGGGGGAACCAUUAAGUUUGUCAACUCCCAUGGCACGGUCAUCCAGCAGCAUCCGCAACAGCAGCAGCAGCAGGCGACAAAGCGCACCCAUUACAAUAGCAGCGGGAGCAGCGACAAUGAGCAGCAUGCGGUGGCCAACUCAUCGCUGAUCACCGACGACGUGAUGAUCGUCAACGGCACCCAGAUGACCGAUGAGCUGUCUGCCCGCAUCCUGCAGAGCAUGGCCCAGAAGUCAUUUAGCCAGCAGCAGCAGCGAUUCCAGCAGGUUCCCGCUACUGGCAGUAGCAACAUGCCGCCACCCACUCAGAUCAUUUACAGCAACAGCGGCAGCAGCAGCAAUGGGGCAGCCGCCAGCAGUCCGGGGGGAAAUCCGCCUGGAAAUCUGCUGCUUGCCCACUACCAGGCAGCCGGCCAAAAGCCGGUCUCCUCGGCCUCGUUCCUCACGGUCACGGGAACGCCGCCGGUUACGGUGGCCACCACACCCUCGGUGAGCAUCUCCUCGCAUGGCUUUGCCAGUGGAAGUGCAGCCAUUUCAUCCUACAUGUCGUCAGCGACGGCGGCUCGACGUCAAUCGGUGAGUGCGCCCAGCAGCAGGGCGGUAUCCCUGGAACGGAAGCAGCAUCAGCAGCACCAGCCGCUUCAGCACGAGGUGAUCGGUGGCGGACGUAAGGCUCCAACGGUCAUCGAGUAUUACAAUAAGCACGGCGUGAACAGCAUAAUCGGCAGCAGCAAUAGCCUGACCCAAAGCACCAGCAUGAGUAAUCUCGGAGCCCUGCGGAGCAACAGUGGUAGUGGAUUCGCCACGACCACUCCAACGCCAGCAGCACCAAUUCACCUGACGCCGCUGAACGUACCAGUCCACGUGGAGGCUGCACCGCAGUCCUCACCAGCUCUGGGCAAGGGUGCGUCUCAGGCGCCGGCGCAGCCACCGCAGCAGCCGCAUCUCUUGGGGCACAACCAGCUGAGUGCCAACGAUGAGGAACUGUACAUCGAGGAGGUGCGUCCGGUUCCGGUGCUGACGCAGGAUCUGCGGCUGCAGCAACUGCACGCCAUCAUGCAGGAUCACACGUACGCCUCCCAGCAACAGCAGCAGGCGGCCCAGCAGGCAGCGGGCGAUAGUACGAUUCCAGGAGCUGCCCAGCAAGUCCAGCAGCCGCAGCAGUGGUCACUGGGCGGCAUCGGGGUCACGGUGGCCGGAGGCCAAGCCACGUCCACAGCGGCAGGCGGAUAUUGCAGCUACUUUGGACAGCAAAUUGCUCGCCAUCAAGCCGACGAUGAUGCUCACUCUGCCAUAAGCAGCAGCUCCCGUUUGGGUCUAGCCAGUGCAGACAUUGAUCCUGGCGAGGAGACGGAAACGGCACCCGAAGCGGAGGCCGAGGACGACUCUGUUACGCGCUGCAUCUGCGAACUUACCCACGAUGAUGGAUACAUGAUCUGCUGUGACAAGUGCUCGGCCUGGCAACACGUAGAUUGCAUGGGCAUUGACCGACAAAACAUCCCGGAGGAGUACAUGUGCGAGCUCUGCCAACCGCGUGCGGUGGACAAGGCCAGAGCACGAGCCUUGCAGCGUCAGAAACGCAAGGAGCACAUGCUGCUGGUGGCCACGCAAGCGGCCAAUGGAGCAGCGGCCGUGGCAGCGGGAACGACUCUCAGCGGAGGACUCGGUGGUGGAUUGGCCAUGUCUGAGGAAUUGCAACAACGGCUGGCAUCUGGCCUAAAUGGCGGAUUUGCAACGGGCACCGGCAUGUCCAAGAAGUCGAAGAAAACCAAAGAGAAUGCGGGCAGUUCCGGCGCCUUGAAGAAAACGAAGAAGAGCGGUGUUGGCAUGGGUGGCGAGAAGAGCGGCAGCGGAAGCGGUACUCCCUCGGCCAGUGGUGGCAAAUCCAGCAAGAAGAGCAGCAAACGCAAGAGCAAAUCCAGUGGAGAUGGAAGUUGCGGAGGUGGCAGCAGUCCGGCUUUAACAGCCGCCGAAAAGCACGCCGCCAACCUUCGGCAGUGGAUUGAGAACUACGAGUAUGCCGUGACCAACCAUUAUUCGCCAGAGCUUCGAGCCCGCCUCCACGCUAUCCAGAAGCAACCCAGCCUGUUGCAGAGCAUACAGAACACUGAGAACAAGGCCUUGAGGCAGAUUCAGCAGCAACUGUCGACUGCCGGCAGCAGUGAGCUCGAGCAGCGGGCACAGCUCAUCCCGUAUGCGGGUGCAAAGGUGCUGAUUAGCAGCGUCGAAUUGGCUCCCCAUGCCCCCAUCCACGAGCUGCGCGGCAAGUACAUGCUGACCACCCAGUUCCGCACCCAGAAUCCCACCGUCAACAUGAACACACCCCCGCCCAGCAACUACCUGAACAGCUUCAAGGCGCACAAGACGCCGGGUCAGUUUGUGUUCUUUUACCAGCUACCCGGAGUGGAGGCACCCAUGCAGACACUGCGGCCGGAUGGAAGUGUGCCGCAAGUGACGCAGCAACCACCCUCGUAUCUCAAGGGUCCGGAGGUGUGUGUGGAUACGCGGACGUAUGGCAACGAUGCACGAUUCGUGCGCCGCUCCUGCCGGCCGAAUGCCGAGCUGCAGCACUACUUCGAGAAGGGAACGCUGCACCUGUACAUAGUGGCACUGACGCACAUUCGCGCCCAGACAGAGAUCACGGUGCGCCACGAACCUCACGACCUGGCGGCUGUGGAGCAGAAGAAGUCGCACGCCGCCGUCAUCCAGCCGACAAGUACCCGUUGCGCCUGCGACAUGGGCAGUGACUGUCUCUUUGCCCUGCCGCUGGCCGUGCAGCAACAGCUCCAGGCUCCACCGGCCCAGCCGAGGAGCAGUCAUCGCAACAAGGCGGCAGCAGCAGCGGCUGCGGCAGCUGCGGCCAACAGUGCGGCAGCCAUACAGCUAACGAUGGGAUUGGGCGUCGUGGGAGCGUCGGUGGUGGCAGGAGCAGGUGUUUUGCCCAAUUCAAGGAAUCGCUCAACUUCAUCCAGCGGCGAGAGCAGCCAAAUGGGUCUUAAUAGUCCGCAGCUUGGACAGUUGAAUCUGGGCUUUAAGCCCUCGCCGACGCCAGCAUCGCUGACGGCCCCAGUUUCCGGCGUGCAUUGCAACAACAGCGGCGGGAGCAGCAGCAGCAGCAACAACUCCUGUUCCGUCUCCAUGUCCAGUGUGCUGCACGACUCUGGCAUCUGCACUUCGUCAUCGUCGCCGUCGGUGUCUAUUCCCUCGCCUACGCCCACUCAACUGCAGUCGCCCACUUUGCAGCAGCACUCGCACCAGCUGCCACAGCAACAAUUGUCGCUACUGCAGCGCAGUCCGACGCAACAGCAUCAGCAACAGAUCCUGGCUGCCUUGCCCACGCCUAUGCUCACGCCGAUGCUCUCACCUCAGUUGCCAAAACCAGCACAGCAGCCGCAUGUUGUGUUGCCAAUUCAGCAGCAGCAAACUUCCUUGUUGCAGCAGCAGCCGCAGCAGCAGCAGCAACAACCACAGGAGCCGUUGGCUGUCAUUGCAGCCGCAGCAGCUGCACAGCAGCCCAUGGCAACCUAUUUUGUACGGCAACCGCAGCAACAGCAAUCACCAAAGCCGCAGGCCGUGGUGGCACAGCAGCAACAGCAGCAAACCUUCCUGCAACAGCAGCAGAAACAACAGCAGCAACAAAAAAUGGCGGAUGAGGCUAGAAUGGCAGUGAGUGCAUUGCAAACUCUGCAUGCCACCCCCACUUCGCAUAUAGUGACGCCAGUUAAAGUAGCGACAGUGCAGCAACCACAGCCGGCGCAGCAGCAACAAUCGCAUAACCAACAAACAGUACAACCAGCAAGUCAGCUACAACAGCAAUCUCAGCAGCUAAGCUACCCACAGUCACCCCAACGUCAGCAGAAGCCUCAGCCUUUGCAGCACCAGCAGCAGAUAAUCUUUUCAGCCGCAGCCCAGGCCAUUCCGGCGACGACGGCCGCCAAAUUGAAUUCACCCACGAAGAUUGUGGCGCCUGUGACGACCAACAAUAACAUAAGUUUGGGUGCCCAAUCAUCGGUGGCUGUCGCAAAGAAAACGCCUGCCAAGAAUCAGCAUCAACAACAACAGCAGCAGCAGCAGCACUCAUCGACACCCCAUUCGGCCGCUUCACUUCCGGCAGCUUCUCCUUCGUCCGCCGAAUCCAAAGAGGAUGAUGUGUCGUCCAGUACCACUUCAACGCCCACCACACGAACCCCGGCCAAGGAUAAGCCGAAGCAGUCACGCGAGGAUCGCAAGCUGGAGGCCAUCCUGCGAGCGAUUGAGAAAAUGGAGAAGCAGGAGGCACGCGGCAAGAAGGAAACCCGUCAGAGUAGCGGUGGCAAGCGGCAGGCGAGUAACUCGCCAGCUUCGCCCAACAAGCGUGGCAGCUCCAACUCCAUUAGCGAGGAUGUGGACACGCCAACUAGUACCAAUUCCGCGGCAGCUGCUGCCCAGCGUAGGAAUAAAAAGAAGCGUAAAGUGAGUCGCAGCUACAACAACAAUACCAAUGGCCUUGGCUCAGGAGGUAGCAACAACAAGCGGAGGAAGAGCAUCCUGGUGGAAUCGGAUGGCGAGUCGCAUGCAUUGACCAAUUCGGAAUCGGAGGAUCAAGUGCAGCAUCCGCAUAGGCAUCACAGUGGAUCAGAGGAUCAGGCCGCAGGCCUUCUUUUAGCCUUGGCGCACAACAACUCCUCACCCAAUGAGUCAUUCAAGUCGCCCUCAUCCCAAUCGCACUCCCUGCCAGCAACUCCAGCCUCUGUGAGCAGUGCCUGUUUGCUGAUCGAGGCUGCCAUGGGACCCCUGGAACAGCCGGCACCGGCGACAGCGUCCCCUUCCCUCGGCGAAUUCAAGUACCCGCCCGGCGGGGCCAAGACCAAAAAGUCGCUCAUGUCCAGCUGGUUUCAGCAGGCGGAGCAACAGCACGCCUCCGGUUUGGACAGCCUUGUGCAGGCGGCUAUGAGCGAAAUCAACGGCGAACGGGAACAACUCCACCAUCAAGCCCAAGGGGAAUCCUCGCCAGCACCGGCAUUACUCAAGGUCGAGCAGUUUAUCCAUCAGGCGGAGUCGACGACUUCAGUCGCUGCUCGCGAGCAACUGCAUCUCCCGUUGCAAAACAAUUCUUCGGUGAAGAAGCGCUGGUUGCGACAGGCUAUCAGUGAAGAGACCACGCCGGUUGAAGAACAGCAGCAGCAACCUGCCACACCCUCACCACAGCCGGUGGUACCAACAGUCUCGCCACUGGCGAACGGAUUUGGCACGCCGCUUAAAAAGCGGCGCCUGGUCGUCGUUAGCAAUGGAUCGAAUGUGGAAGCCGAUGAGCCGCAUAUCGAUGUGAUCGGAGAGAGCAAGGAUGAGGCCGAAGAAAGUGUCCCGAUGCCUGCACUGAAGGUAGAAACGGAAAACCACCAACAAGAGCAGGAGGACGACGUAGACAUCCUGCGAUCGCCCAGUCCGGGAACCCAUCAAAUAGUGGCCGAGGAUAACUUGGUUAAGAUCGAGCCAGAGGACACAAGUGCAGCCGCCGAUGACGUUAAGAUUGAUGUGGAGCGCGAGGAGAGCCAGGCGUGCGAUAAGUUUGAGGAAAUGGUCAAGGUGAAGCGAGAGGAGGAGGAGCAGCGAGAGCAGCAAAGCCAACAGCUGCUGGAGCAGAUUCAACCUAAGGUUGAACCCUCGCCAGUGGAACCAAAAGUGGAAGUGACCAAAGUUAAAGCAACUCAGGAGGUAGUGCCUUCUAAGAAGGAGUUGGCGAAGGUGGAACCCAAACCGGGAGAAUCUCUGCUGCGCACGACAGCGACUGCAACUGCAACAGCAGCGGCCGCAGCAACUCUGCUCGAUGUGAGCAAAGUGGCAGUCAAGAAUCGGCCACAACCUCUUAAAUUGGAGGAUGAGCCUCAAAAGAAGAAGCCCAAGCUGGAGGCGGUACCCCAGGCGAUACCAGAGCCGCCACUUUCCGGAAUUCCGAUACCAGCGAUUGCAUCAAAUACAGCGACCGCAUCAAACACGGCAACCACGUCAACUGCUCCACCCAGUACCAAAAAUCUUACCGAACACGAUAUACAGGAACGUUUGCUGUCCUUCCAUGCGGCCAACAUUUCCUACCUGCAGUCCAGAAACAAGAAGGCCACAGCAGUCUCUGCAUCCGCCUCCUCCUCGAGUCAGAAGAGCAACAGCAGCAGCGGCGGCAGUGGCGCAGAGUCUAAGAAACCGGCCAAGGAUAAGGACGAGCGACGCGAUAAGGAGAAGCAGCUGAAAAAGUCGAAGAAGGACAAGAAAAAGUCAAAGGAAAAGGAUAAGCAAAAGGCGACAGCCAGUCCCACUGUGCAAAUAGUUGAGGCGAAAAAGAAGACUUCGCAGCCAACAAAGCCAGAGGGUAAAUCAUCGGCAGUGCCAUCGGUUCUAGUGCCACCCACUCCACCACCAGCUACUACAGCCAAUGGGAAGACCAAGCACAUGUCACAAAACAAUGCCAAUGAUCAGCAGCAGCAGCAGCAAAUGAGGCGUCGCACCAUGUCCAUGUGCAUUACACCGAUCACGCCCACUCCAGUGGCCGCCAUGCCCUCACCAAUGCUGGGUACGCCGCCCACAACCAAGAAGAGGCAGACCAAUUUCGAGCAGGAGCUCACCAAGCCCAACAGUCAGAUCUUGAGCAGCAGCAUCCUUCUAAACAGCAGCAAGGGACUCGGCCUGCCGAUUGCCACGCCCACAGUGGUUGGCGUGCCCACGGUUGUGCCACAGCAGCAGCAUCGCAAGGAGAACAACCACCAGGAGGCGACUGCCGCCAGUGGAGGACCCAUGAGUUUGGCUGCUGCCAUCGCUAGCGGAAAACUGACUGCCAUCAGUCGGCGGAGGGAGUCCAUGUGCGGCAGCCGGCAGCAGGCACUAAUUGCGGCCGCCUUGAAGAAGGAAAAGAAGGAGAAAAAGAAGAGUAAGAAAAAGGAUCGGGAGAAGCAAAAGCACGAGAAGCAAAAGGGCAAGGACAAGGAACGCGAAAAGGACAAGGAGAAGGACAGCAAGCUCAAGACAAACCACAUACAGAAAACGGCACCACCGGCGCCUACCACUCAUAAUCCUAAUCCAAUUCCAAUUCCGAGCGCCACUUCAGUUCCAGUUCCUGUUCCCACGCCCCUGGCAACUCCGAAGGCGGCACCCAUUCCAGUAUUGAUAACCCAACCCCCUCCGGCUGCGAUCCAUUCAGCUCAGCCUGUGCCCAACAAUUGCUCCAGCAAGGUUGCACCGCUGCCAUUCUACAACACAAUCUACGGCAAGUUGCAGGAUCCUCCAACGCCAACUAGCAGCCCCAGUCCCACCAUUAACACCAUGCCAAGUCUGGCUGAAUAUCUCGAGUCUACGAAAACUAAGACGGCGGCAUCACCGGUGGCCAAACCAGCCGCUGUUGCAGCAGUUACGCCAGUUGCAGUUGCAGCAACAGUUGCAACUUCAUCUCUUGAAAUGCCACCUCCGGCGACCACGCCAUUGAAGUUGUAUACGCGGACUGCAAGCCACGAUCCGCGACUUAAUCCCAUGCUUACGGUUCCCGAUCCCACGCCCAUGCCAAAACGUAAGCUCUCCAUCAGCGAGUACCGGAUGCGCCAUCGCCCUUCGGUGGAUACGGCCCCGACCACGCCCACUACGCCAACCACUCCCACCACGCCGACGAGCACCAAUAAGGAACGCUGCUUCGCCAAGCCGCAGACCAUUAACAAGUGCUCACUGCAGUCGCCGGAACGCUUUCAGGCCGCAAUUCGGGAGCGGCGCAACUCGAUCAGUGCUCAUCACCUCCCGCACCAAAACGCCAAUCUAAAUCUCAACAACAAUAAAGGCAGCAGCAGCAGUAAUAAGAGCGGAAGCACCAGCGGUAAUCAUCUGCAGCAGGCCUUGGGCGUCGCCGGAGGAAGGAUGCCCAUUAAGAAUGCGAUAGUAGAUCCGGCAGCCACCACCUUGAGCACGGUAAACAAGAUCCUAAGCACGGCUCAACAGCUACACAUGUUUGAUGACAAGCCAAAGGGUGGCCACUUUAAUGCUGCACCCACACUACUCGAGCAGCAGCAGGAGAAGAUGAGCGAGCGAUCGCGGUGCUUGCAGCGGACUAUUUCUUGUGACUCUCGGGUUAUCGAGCGAUUAGGCACAGGUGCCGCUGCGACUGCCUUGGAAAAAGUCACGACAGCAGCAACCAGGCGAGAUAACGUCUAAAUAGGUAAGAAAAAAUAUAUCCAAACCGAAAU